AUGCAAAGUGGAACACUAUUGAUUGUCUUAUAUUUUUGGAUAAAAAUAAUUGCUUGGGGAAAAGAAGAAAUUUUAAUCGAAUUUAAGAAGCAGCUAUAUUCAGUAAAUAUUAAUCAGUCAUUAAACAAAAAAGCCCGUGAUAAAGCAUCAAAACUUCACAAAAAUGUAGAGAAAAAUUUCAAAUUCAAAGAAGUUGUAGCAUUUUUUGAUCAGAUGGAUGAAAAAGUAAAAUAUUUAC